AUGACUGAUCCAAGGUCAAAGGUGACCGUCCCGGACCCGGCUGUCAAGACCUUCAUGGAGGGUGCAGCCAACAGGUGUGUGGAGGUUGGACAAGCAACAACAGACAGCAGCGAAGACGAGGUCUCCAGCACUGCCCUGGCCAGCUCACCCACUGCAGCAAGGAACAGGGCCGGUUCUGCUCUCACGCACCUGAGACUGGCUUACCUGCACCGACGCCACCAGGGCCAGCUCUCCUGCCUGCUGCAGGCGACAAGGGCUGAGACGUGGGUUAACAUAGGUUCUGUGGAAUUUAACCACACCCGAAAACUCCGCAACCUUUCCUUGAAACAAGAGUUUCUUGACUCCCGGCCUCUUUCUCCUGGCCUGGAGGAGAGUCGCCGCGGUUUCCUGCUUCAACGUUGCUUGAACAGAACCCUGCGCUCCACCCCUCCGACCCCAGCCGGCUGCUCCAAGCCAGAACCUUCUGCCCCCUCAGGCUCCAGCGUCGCCACCACGCCUUGCCCAGCCGCUGCCAUGACCACCGUGCCUCCCUCUCAAGUGCGCCAGAACUACCACCAGGACUCGGAGGCUGCCAUCAACCGCCAGAUCAACCUGGAACUAUAUGCCUCCUACGUCUACCUGUCUAUGUCUUGCUACUUCGACCGGGAUGCUGUGGCUCUGAGGAACUUUGCCAAAUAUUUUCUCCACCAAUCUCAUGAGAAGAGAGAACACGCUGAGAAACUGAUGAAGCUGCAGAAUGAACGAGGCGGCCGAAUCUUCCUGCAGGAUAUCAAGAAACCAGACCGUGAUGACUGGGAGAACGGGCUGAACGCAAUGGAGUCCUCGCUGCACCUGGAAAAGGGUGCGAAUCAGUCACUCCUGCAACUGCACAAACUGGCUACUGACAAAAAUGACCGCCACUUGUGUGACUUCAUUGAGACGCGUUACCUGAGUGAGCAGGUGAAAUCCAUCAAGGAACUGGGUGACCACGUGACCAACUUGCGCAAGAUGGGAGCCCCUGAAGCUGGCAAGGCAGAAUAUCUGUUUGAUAAGCACACCCUGGGCCACAGUAAUGACAGCUAAGCUGACUUCCCCAGAGCCACAGUGACUUUACUGGUCACUGAGGCAGUGCGUGCAUGUCGGGCUGCCUUUAUCUUUUCUAUGAGUCGCACCAAAACAUCCGCU